ACUUCAAGUCUUACCUUUGCGUGGUUGUGGUCCGAGUGCUUUUGGUUUUUCAUUUCGUCAACAACAUGGGGACCACCUGAAUAAUCUCGACGUUUACGGUACUUCGAGUGUUUUUGUUUGGGAGAAAGAGAAGUCGGUGACUAGUAUUAAUACUUACAGUAAUACUAUCGAAGCAUGGUCGGAAGAGAUACUACCGUACCAGGACUUUGGGAUAGACAACAACAAUAACAACAACACAAACAAACGGCAUUGAUAACGACGACAUUACGGAUAUACUAGGGAUGCUAAUAUGGCCACGACAACGACAACGACAACGACAAUAACAGCAACAACAAUGGCUGGUACCACGGAGACACUCACACCCAGCACAUUGUGUGUUGCAUGUCAGUCUAUUUUCCGACCCGACACUGCGCGCAGCGAAUCCGGCGAGACAGCACACCAUGGACUCGAAGCUCUCGCGGCGCGAGCCAGUAAAUGCCACCUGUGCCUUACGGUGUUUAUGAGCAUUGAUCCGGAAGCGUACCGGAAUUUCCGGCGCGGGUCAAAUCAAGAGAGUGUGGGCUUUGCGUGGAUCAGUCCGAUCGCGAGGGAUCAGGCAAGACUUAAAUUUCGAUACGUCCGACCAGCAGGAAUGGAAAGGGAGUGGGAGAAAGGGAGAGAGAGCAGUAAUGGGAGCAACAGUGCUGUGAGUUUGCGGUCGACGGACAGGGAAGGCGAUGGGACGUUGGUGGUCGAAUUGAUAUUGAUGAAUCCAAAAUAUGCCGUCGAACCCGGUGUACGAACGAUCGACACGCGGAGCGUGAGUACGGCGUCGAGCGAGAGUUUCGAGCUCGCGAGGCAGUGGAUUCAGGAUUGCACGUUCAACCAUAUGAAGUGCUCCGUCUCGGAGAUCAAUGCGGCCUGGAAGCCGACGCACCUGCUUGACGUGACUGUCCGAGGUGCGAAGGGUGCUCCUGGGAUCAAACUUGUCGAUGGGAUGUUCCUCGAUCCGCUGAGUGAAUAUGUCACGCUGAGCCAUUGCUGGGGCAAAUCGAAGCCCCUACGGCUACACAAGGGCACGCUCGCGGCGCUACGGCAAGGCGUCAGCGCGGCGAGUUUGCCCAAGACAUUCGCCGAAGCGGCGGCCACGACGGAGCGGCUGGGGUUCAGAUACCUCUGGAUCGACGCGCUGUGUAUCAUGCACGACAACGAGAGCGCCGUGCUGAAGGAGAUGAGCCAGAUGCAUAAAGUGUACAGUGAGGCGACGCUGAACAUCGCGGCGACGAGUUCGCGGGACGAUGCGAGUGGCCUCAUUUACUCGCGGAAUGUGAGCGCUCUGCACCCUUGCAUUGUCGAAGUUAAUGGUAUGGGCAUUGAUGAUGGGAUGUACAAAAUCCUGCGGUCGACGCUGUGGCACGAUUUGGUGGACUCGAGUCCCUUGAACAAGCGUGCCUGGGCAUUCCAGGAGCGUUGUCUAGCAAAGAGGACGCUGCACUUCACGAGGAACGAGCUCCUCUGGGAGUGUCAGCAGAUGUGCUGCAGCGAGGUGUUUCCCAAGGGGUUGCCGGCGAACUCGGGUCCGCCGAGCAGUCAGGAGAGCGUCGAGUUCUUUGCCAAGCGGGCGCAUCACCAGAGGCACGGGAAUUGGCAUCAACUAGUCAAGAUGUACAGUCCCAAAAGGCUGACGUACAGUUCCGAUAAGCUCCCUGCCAUGAGUGGACUGGCGAAGCAGUACAUGAGCCGCAAUCGGUUGCGGGAGGAGGAUUACCUGGCUGGGCUGUGGAAAUCCCACUUACCCCAUGGGUUGCUGUGGAGGGUUGAGCAAGGGAGACGGCCGGCCAAGUAUAGAGCGCCGACUUGGACGUGGGCUUCGAUCGAUGGGGAGGUAAAGUACCCUGAACCAGCGCAGAAUGCGAAAGAGACGUGUGUUGAGGUGCUGGAUCUCGAUAUGCGAUACAAGGCGGACAACUUCGGCAUUGUCGAGGCCGGCAAGAUGAAAGUGCGUGGCUUCAUGGCCAGAGGGUUGCUGAGAAGAACGCACGAUUACUGGGGCCAGACUCCGUGCGUGAUCCAGUGCACCAAGGCGCAGGUUGAGCUUGUGUCGGCCAGCUUUGACGACAGACUGCCCAAGUUGUCGGAGGCGUCGGGCAUGUUGACAGAGAUGCUCGAGGUGUAUUUGCUGCCGAUCAUCGAUGUAAUUGACAGAGUGGAAGGGUUGCUGCUCUGUGCCACGAUGAAGAGAGGCGAGUUCAGACGCAUCGGGGCAUUUGAUGUCUCGAGAUACGACCAGAUCAAUUGGGACCGGUUCAGGAGCGUGAUGAAGGGCGAGGCGGAUAUGCAUAAUUACGAGGAACGGCUGGAUCAUACGAAUGGGUAUUGGUUUGCAAGUGAUUAUACAUAUACCAUCAAUAUUAUAUAAGGGGAGGAGGGUCUGGCGGGAGUGGUUGGACUGCACCGAAGAGAUGGACAUCAUUCACACGCGAGGAAGUCGUCUUUCUUUGGUAUUGUGAGCUAGGGCUUGCUUGUGCCCAUGUUCUAUAUCAGUCUGGGACUCGACCGGCCUGGGAUGGACGACUUUCCAGGAUAUGUUGGCUCAAAACAAACGGCGGGGAGGGUGAAGGUCUAUUUCGUUCUGGACAGCCUGACGAGACUUGCCCUACAAGUGAGGAAAUUUCCGCGACUGAUUGAUGGUGUACUACGGUCUCAUGGGUACAUCGUGUGAUUUACCGCUUGGGUGCCACUCGGCGACAAACAGCAGCGAGGACAGUUUACAUAGCAUGAGGGCUUCCUAUUGAAUGCAAGGUCCAACGGUUGCUUCGA